AUGGCGGUCUCUCCAUUUGCCUCGCGCUCCCCUUCGGUGACAGUAUCAUCGCCCAAUGCUGCUCUCAGGCUGAGAGCGGCCGCUGCUCAAAAUACUUCUGGACCUUUGGCUGCGGCAAAAUCCGUGCACAACCAAGAUCGUGAACUUACCGAACAGCUGAACGAUGAUGUUCGACGGAAAUAUGUCAAAGAUAAAAGACUUGGUGAAGGUACAUACGCCAUAGUCUACCUCGGCUACCUUCGCGACCAGCCCUCGUCCUACGUCGCAAUUAAGAAGAUCAAGGUUAAUGCAGAAUACAAAGAUGGACUCACGAUGGACGCGAUUCGAGAAGUCAAAUAUCUUCAAGAGCUGUCGCAUCCGAAUGUCAUUGCCCUACACGACGUGUUUUCUUCCAAAGAUCAAAACCUCAAUUUGGUUUUGGAGUUUCUUCCCCGAGGAGAUCUGGAAAUGCUCAUCAAAGAGGCGGACAUCCACUACGGCGUGGCCGAGGUCAAGGCCUGGAUGGCCAUGCUGGCUCGAGGCGUAUGGUUCUGUCAUGAGAAUUUCGUACUCCACCGGGAUAUCAAGCCCAACAACUUGCUGAUCGCGUCGAACGGUGAGGUCAAGCUGGCAGAUUUUGGUCUUGCCCGGUCCUUUGCGGAUCCGUAUCUCAACAUGACCCACCAGGUUAUCACUCGCUGGUACCGUCCUCCCGAAUUGCUCUACGGAGCGCGGCAGUACUCGGGGGCGGUGGAUGUCUGGUCGAUGGGGAUGGUCUUUGCGGAGUUACUCCUCCGCGUCCCCUUCCUGGCCGGCAACACCGAUGUAGAUCAAGUGACCAAGAUUUGUGAAGCCCUUGGGACCCCAACGGAGGAAAAUUGGCCGGGUGUGUCCGAGCUACCCAACUAUCUUCCACCAGAUACCCACCACCCAUUGCAGGGUCGAGACUUCUUCCUUCGCAUGUUCCCUACGGCAGGUCCGGUGGGAUGCGACUUACUGAUGUCCAUGUGUACACUGGACCCUCGCAAGCGCACCACUGCGGUGCAAGCCCUACGACACUCCUGGUGGACGGUCGACCCCCGGCCAACCAGGAAUGAAGAUCUCCCGCAGAAGCCCGGAACUACAAAGAUGGGCGAGGACCUCGGCGACGAGGCGGCGAGAUCGACGACGGCAUGUUUAAAAAUGCGGCGCGACAAUUGGACUUUGGCGCUAUGA